AUGGGAUGGACAGCUGUACCCGGUGUGGAGGAGAGGAAGAGGGGAGAGACAGGACAGGGUCACACCGCCGCCUCCUCCAGACAGGACAGGGUCACACCGCCGCCUCCUCCAGACAGGACAGGGUCACACCGCCGCCUCCUCCAGACAGGACAGGGUCAGACCGCCGCCUCCACCAGACAGGACAGGGUCACACCGCCGCCUCCUCCAGACAGGACAGGGUCACACCGCCGCCUCCUCCAGACAGGACAGGGUCACACCGCCGCCUCCUCCAGACAGGACAGGGUCACACCGCCGCCUCCUCCAGACAGGACAGGGUCACACCGCCGCCUCCUCCAGACAGGACAGGGUCACACCGCCGCCUCCUCCAGACAGGACAGGGUCACACCGCCGCCUCCUCCAGACAGGACAGGGUCACACCGCCGCCUCCUCCAGACAGGACAGGGUUACACCGCCGCCUCCUCCAGAAAGGACAGGGUUAGACCGCCGCCUCCUCCAGACAGGACAGGGUUAGACCGCCGCCUCCUCCAGACAGGACAGGGUCACACCGCCGCCUCCUCCAGACAGGACAGGGUCACACCGCCGCCUCCUCCAGACAGGACAGGGUCACACCGCCGCCUCCUCCAGACAGGACAGGGUCACACCGCCGCCUCCUCCAGACAGGACAGGGUCACACCGCCGCCUCCUCCAGACAGGACAGGGUCACACCGCCGCCUCCUCCAGACAGGACAGGGUCACACCGCCGCCUCCUCCAGACAGGACAGGGUCAGACCGCCGCCUCCUCCAGACAGGACAGGGUCAGACCGCCGCCUCCUCCAGACAGGACAGGGUCAGACCGCCGCCCCCUCCAGACAGGACAGGGUCACACCGCCGCCUCCUCCAGACAGGACAGGGUCACACCGCCGCCCCCUCCAGACAGGACAGGGUCACACCGCCGCCCCCUCCAGACAGGACAGGGUCACACCGCCGCCCCCUCCAGACAGGACAGGGUCACACCGCCGCCCCCUCCAGACAGGACAGGGUCACACCGCCGCCUCCUCCAGACAGGACAGGGUCACACCGCCGCCCCCUCCAGACAGGACAGGGUUAGACCGCCGCCUCCUCCAGACAGGACAGGGUUAG